GAAAAAGGCUUAAAAUAUUUUCUUUUCGUAUAUAAAAAAACCAAAAACACUCAAGCAUCUUCGAAAUUUCAUGAAUUUCAGUGACUGUCGGCGACGUCUGAAAGAUACUCAUUGAAGUCAAGAUGAUGCUCAUCACACAACGGUCAGGACCACAUAAUUUAAUAGUCCGAUAUUCUAGUUAGCUUCUAUUUAAAAUGCCAGUCAGUGUGCAUAUAUGGUGUUUGAUAAAAUGUCAAUCUUAUUUGCAUGAAAUCACAUAUCGGUAAGGAUCACAUAGUUUAAUACUCCGACAUUCGUUCGAUCUCUGCUAUGGAGCACUACAAUCAUCUGCUGGUAGUUUUAAUUUGGGUUCUGCCACUUCUCGUUAUACUCCCCAUGAUCACUAUCAUCAUGCGUUCAAUUUCAACUGCUUUAACUGCCCCUUCUUCCUCUUCUCCAUCUCCGCCUGGCAGCCGGGAUGUGGAAACAUUAACUGCGCCUUCUUCCUCUUCUGCAUUCCCACGUAGCAGCUGGGACGUCUUCCUAUGUUUUCAUGGUAAAGACACUCGCGGAAACUUCACUGCGCAUCUCUACAAAGCUUUGCAUGAUGCAGGAUUUAAAACCUUCAUGGAUGAACCUCAACUCCGAAAGGGCGAAGAAAUUUCAGUGGGACUACUGAACGCAAUCCGUGGUUCAAAGAUGUGCGUUGUUGUUAUUUCGAAGAACUUUGCAUAUUCUAAAUGGUGCCUUAGUGAGCUGUUGGAGAUCGUUAGUUGCGAAAGAACAGAAGGCCUGGUGGUGGUUCCUGUUUUUUACUAUGUUAAUCCAUCAGAUGUACGGCACCGGAGAAAGGAAUUUAUGGAAGGUCUUCGCAGUCAAAGGAACACUCACUCUGUUGAAAUGAUAAAGAAGUGGGAAUGUGCUCUUGCUGCAGUUGGGAAGCUAAAAGGAUACCAUCUCAAAAAAGAUGCAGGAGAAAAUGAAGCAGACAUUGUUCAAGAUAUUGUGAAAAAUGCGGAACGACUACAUGCAUCUGUGAAAGUACACAAUGAGGAACAUCUGUUCGGGGUAGAUUCUGUCGUUGAAGAUAUUUAUCAAAAACUACAAAUGGAAUCAAAUGAUGUCCGUGCCCUUGGAAUAUGUGGUAUGGGAGGUAUUGGAAAAACUACAAUUGCCAGAGCUUUUUACAAUAGUUAUCAUGACAAGUUCCCAGUUAGUUGCUUUAUUGAAAAUGUUAAAGAAAAUUUACAAGGGGGUAAGAAUCUACUUUGGUUACUUCAACAACUCUUGGUUAAGCUUCUCAGAAACAAUGAUUGUAGGGUCACUGAUGUGGAAAGUGGAAUAAGACAGUUGAAACAAAUUCUUUGUUUAAAUAAAGCUCUCAUUGUUCUGGAUGAUUUGGACCAGUCAAUCCCUUCAGAAUUGCAGAUAAAGCUCUGCAGCCUGUCUUCUCCAGGAAGUAGGAUUAUUUUUACGACAAGAGAUGCAAAUUUGCUAAAUCAACUGAAGGUAGAUAUUCCAGAAGUAGAUAUAUACACGGUGAAAAGAUUGGGACAAAAUGAUUCAUUAGAGCUGUUUAGCUAUCACGCCUUUAGGAAAUCGAUGCCACCUGAGAUGUUUAGAGAGCUCUCAGCAGAGUUUGUAACUUAUGCAGGAGGUCUUCCAUUGGCUCUAAAGGUGUUAGGCUCAUCUUUGCGUGGUAGAAAUCAUGUGUCAUUUUGGGAAGCUAAGCUUAUCAAGGUUCAGAAAAUUCCAAUGGACCAGGUACAAGAAAUCCUUCAACUAAGCUAUGAUGAAUUGGAUGAUGAGACAGAGAGAGCAAUUUUCCUAGAUAUUGUCUUCUUCUUUGUUGGAAAGGACAAAGACGAUGCUGUUUAUACAUUUAAAUCUUGUGAUUUUUAUCCUGACCAUGGAAUACCAAUUCUAGAAGACAGAUGUUUAAUAACAGUUGAUGAGUGUAACAGAUUACAGAUGCAUAAUCUUAUCCAAGACAUGGGGAGGAAAGUUGCUCGCGAAGAAUUUAAGCAAGGGAACGGCAGAUACUUGCGCUUGUAUCAAGAAAAUGCAUGCGAGCGGUUGCAAAAUCUAGAGGGAGCAGAUCAUAUCGAACUUUUGUUACUCGACUUAACCAGAUCCACAGCAAGACAAUUGACUACCAAAAUAUUUAGAAAGCUGUGCAAGUUGAGAUUACUUGAAAUAAUUGAUCCACAUAACAUUAUCUCGGGAGAUUUUAAAAAUUCAUGUCCGGAGUUGAGGUGCAUGCGAUGGUCCCAUUCCCCGUGGACAAGUGUUAAUGCUAAAUUUUGUUCACCAGAACUUGUCUGUCUUGACAUGUCAUACAAUCAGCUUGAUUCAUCGUGGAAGCCACCUGGGAGCUUGAAGAGUCUAAAUGUGAGUCACUCUAAGCUAAAAAGCAUCCGUAACUUGAGUGAUUUGAAAGUGCUUGAGAGGUUAUUACUGUAUGGUUGUCAAAAUUUAUCUAAAGUACACCCAACUAUUGGCCAGUUGAGUAAUUUGGGUCAUUUAGAUAUGGGUCGCUGCCGCCUGUUGAAAGAAUUGCCGGAGUCAAUUGGGCAGUUGACUCUGUUGAGACAUUUUAAUUUAAGUCAUUGUGUCAAUCUGAAUCAGUUGCCCGGGACUAUCACGCAGUUGACUCGUUUGAACCAUUUGAAACUGGAGUCUUGCCACAAUCUGAAACGGUUGCCAGAGCGAAUGGGUAAUAUGCAAGGCUUAAAAACGUUUGUUGCAAGUUGGAGUGGAAUUGAACAAUUGCCAGAUUCGUUUGGAGAGCUUAUUAAAUUAGUCCAUUUGAAUUUGUUUUGGUGCAAAAACCUAACUGCUCUUCCAGAUAGCAUAUGUAAGCUGAUGUUGCUCAAAGCACUUGAUCUAGGAGGCUGUCAUGAGCUGAAGCGAUUGCCUGAGGAAUUGGGGAAGAUGCAAUCCUUAGAACGUCUUCAUGCCGACUGUGAACAAAUUAACGAAUUACCAGAUUCUAUUGGUCAACUGAGUAGCCUACAAGUGUUGAACUUGAGUGCCUGUCGUAAUCUUAGAUAUCUUCCCAGUAGCAUCUGGAAUCUUACAUCACUUUCUACAUUACAAUUUCCCUCAUCGUACAGAGAAAUAAUUAAUUUGCCUGAGAGGGUGAAGAGUACGAGAUUGGAAAGACUAGACCUAUGUUGUAAUAUAAGGUUAUGGCUACCUAAGAUUCAAAGUGUCUCUUCUUUGAAGGAGCUAAGCAUCACUGAUGAGAGCCAGAGUUUUUCAACGGAGACUUUGAGUCUUCUUAAGCUGUCUAACCUACAUAGUCUUAUUUUGCGUAACCAUUCAGGGUGUGGGCCCUCAUUUUAUGAACUUCCUCUGAAUCUGCAACAGUUGUGGGUAUAUGACAAUGCGACAUUGGAACAGCUACCCGAUUUAUCCAGAUUAAAAUGCUUGAGGGGACUGGUUAUAAGGAGAUGCAUCAGCCUUCGAUCUCUCCCUCCACUUCCUCCUCAUUUUCAAUCACUCAAGGUAGAUGGAUGCACAAAGCUGCAGGAUGUACCAGACCUUUCAAUGUUGAAGGAUAUAGAAGAGCUAAGUUUUGUUAGGUGCAGCAAUCUAAAAUCAAUCAGUUUAAAAGAGAGUUCCCUUCAGGCAAGACUAUUGUUUUCAUUUAGAGCUCAUCUACCAAACAAGAUGAUUCCAGAAUGGUUCAAUUAUACAAGCAAAGAGUGCAAACUCUCUUUCCAAAUUUCACCAGCCCUGGGAGAGAACUUGUUAGGUAUUGCACUCUGGGUUGUCUAUAAAUGCAAAGAGACUCAGAGUCCAUCUAAAUUUACAGCUGUUAUUACCAAUAAGACAAAGGCUACUAGAGAGGACGUCGACAUCGAUGUAGCAGUGAGAAAUGGAGUCGAACUACGGUCGACGGUGCAAUGCAAAAGGGCACAGGACAUGUCAGUAAAAAGUGGUGAUCAAAUUACGGUUUCAAUUAAAAGAAAACUAUAUUGUUAUAUUAGCAAUGAAGAUGAUUUUGGAGGAAAAUGGGUUCCCUCCGGAGAAGUGGAGGUGGAGACCUGGGGGGCCCAUAUACUACAAAAAACGGAUUUCACUGGAUUGUGAUUUGUAGCAAUCCUUGUUUACUUAUAAGUCUAUUAAGAUUUUUGUAUAUGACUACUGUACAUAUAAUAAAUAUUUGGUGUCCACAGAUGAGCGAUUUGCCUGUCAAUUGUCAAGAAGCAGUGAACUUUCUAAUAUAUCAAAAAGACAUAGACCUGAAUGUAGUUUUGAUUGUUUA